AUGAUAGAUGAGGUGAAAUAUUAAUAGGAACGAUAGAGAGAUGGUAUCGACAUUCUAAAAUACGUGGAUUCGUGGAAUUUCAUAAAAUUUAGCAAUAAUUCUAUUUUCGAAGUUGAGAUUUCAGAUGUUUCUCCAUUUAUUUAAAAUGAUCAAGAUAAAUAAUUUUUUAAUGAACUAAAUGAAAGAAGUUUAUAAAUGAAUUUGUCUUUAAGUUCUCCUAACUCUAAUUAGUAAGAGAAGCAAAAUAGCUAAAGCAAAAAACUUAUUUUGAAAGAGCUUUUUGGGUAAGAUAUUAAAUAGGAGAUAGAAUUUGUCAAGACAAUAAGAUAGCUUAAUUAUCGAAUACCAGGACUUAUUUAUAUGAUAAAUUAUGCUAUUUAUCAAACAGAAUCGUUAGAGGUAGGCUAUAUUCUCAUGGAAAAAGGAGAAAUGAAUUUGCAGUAGUUUUUAGAUGAAAGAUUAAAGCAAAACUUGCCUAUAUAAUUUAAAGAAUUGGUAAGCAUAAUGAGGUAGAGUAUUAGUGCAUUGGCUAAUUUGCAGGAAGAAAAGAUAGCUCACAACGAUAUAAAAUUAGCAAAUAUAUUAGUUUUUAGGAAACCUAUUGCAUAGUUAGCUCAGUAAUAAACUAAUAAAAAUAAUGAACAGAUGAAGUAAAACAAGAAAUAACCAUUAUUACCAAAUUAAUUGUAAUUUGAUUAAAGUGCAACUUUUUCUCCUAACAAAUCAGCCAGGCUUAGCAGUCAAAAAAAUAAUAAAAUAGCUCCAAAUAAGUUUCUUUUUAAUGAAUAUGAUAAAAACUAAUGUUCUAUGUAAGAAGAAAAAGAAGCUAACUAAAAUUAAACUAAUCAAUAGGAUAGUUAAUGCAUAGACUAUGAAAUUGAAAUCAAAUUUUGCGAUAUAGGUAGCAGCCAAGCAAAUUAAAGCACUUUUAAAAAAACUAAAAAGCCAGGAACCGAUUCAUAUUUAGCCCCAGAAGAAUUCCUAGGUGAUAAAAUUCAUAUUUAUAAAUACGAUGUUUAUAGUCUUGGACUUUGUUUUAUCAAUCUAAUAAUUCAAAAGACUAGUAACUUUCACGUUUACAUGAAAAAUUCAAAUUGGAAUAAUCUUAUGAGUAAAAAAGAUUGGCUUGAAAUACUUCAAGAUAUUUUAGAAGAGUGGAUAAGGAUAGCCUCCUUGAGGAUGAAUAAUUAAGAUGUAAAAACUAUCUUGACUAAAAUGCUUAUAAUAGAUAUUAAUUCUCGUCCAGAUUUUAUUGAAUUAAGAAAUAUUUUUGAUGACUUAUUUAAAAAUUAAAUUUCUAAAGAGCAAAUGAGCCCAAACAGCUCAUCUUCUCCUAAUAAUAUAGAAGACAUAUGCAUAGAAAAUCAAUUUGAAAUCAGCAAAAAUGACUCUAAAGAAGAUAAAAAAAGAUCUUAAUAAGAACUAAAAAAUCAGAGAAAUUUUGAAAAACUAGCUUUUUAACAAAGAAAAUUAAAAAUUAAUGAUGGAAAAGCGAAGAUGAUUCAAUUGAUAUAGAAUGGAAUAUGUGAUAAUGAUUCUCCUUCUUAAGUUACACAUCCAAAAUAAUAAUUAAGUGGCUUUAAUAUGAACUCUUCUUAGGAAGAAUAAAUAAUUAAGAAUAAUUAAAUUCCUGCAUUAAACUAUUUGUAAUCGAACGAGUCUUAGCUCAUAGCAAGUAUUUCGCCAAAAGAAUUGUAAAAUAAAGAGUCAGAAGAGUCCCCUUCAACAUUUUAAGAUAGUAUCAAUGAAAACCCUAAGCAGCAAAUUGUUCCCACGUCAAUUUCUCGUAAGUAAUUAACAAACUUCAAAAUUCAUUAACAAUCUACAAAGAGAAUUCCAGUAAAAAUUACAGAUUCAAAUUCUAUUGCUUCCUCUAGUUCUGUUUCUUCUUUACCUACUAACAUCACUUCUAUUUCCUCUACAAAUUUGUAUAAUAGUGAAUAAGUCUAAUAAAGGAAGAAAUCAAACACAAUUAAUGAUAAAAAGAAAAAUUUAAAUAACUAAGCAACGAAUUAAAACAAUUUAGUAAAUUUUGCAGAAUCAAUAUUGAUUAGUUCUGAUUAAAUAAAGCAGCAAUAGCAAUAAUUCAGAUAACCUAGUAGUGAUUCAAAUAAUUUUAAUAUUUCAAAGCAGUCUACAUUAAAUGGCAUAAAUAAUCAAUAGAGCUCAGCUUUCUUUUAGAAUCUUCAUUAAAAUUAAUAAGUAUAUUAAUAGUUUUCAUAGUAGCAAUCUUUGUAUUUUCAAUAACUUUAAAUUGACAGCUCAGAUAAAAAAUCAACAAAUAUUAUUACUGCUGAUUAGAAAUUGAAUUUUUCUUAAUCGACAAGAAAUCAACCGUAAACAGGAACAAAAAAGAUUGAUUUUACAACCAACCUUUCAGUAAGAAAUCAACUUAUAAGUAUGAGCUCAAAAGUUAGUAGAAAAAGUUAGCAAGAUGAUUUAGAAAACAUCAAUCACAACAACACAAACAAAAACCCUCAAAUUUCUUCCUAAAAAAGUUAGCUUGAUAUACAAAAUCCUGCAAGUUUUAGCAAUAUUCCUAAUACUAAUUUUAACACUAAUCAAAUAAAUUCCUUGACAAACAUGUAAUUUAAAAAUCCAUUUAAUCAAACCAUUAAUGGAAAAACAAGCAAAUCUUUUAAAGAGCUGCAAUCAAUUAAUUAAAUUGACUCGCCAACUUAAAAUAUAAAAAAAUCAGUAGAUAGAAGAUAGAAAAAUGUUUCUUCCUCUUAGUUUAAGCUUCCGCCUAUUUAAAAUCAAUAGAAUGAGUAAGAUCAAAGCCUAGUUUCCAACUAAGAAAAAAAUGAUUUUGAAGGUAUUUAAAAGAGAGAAUAAGUUAGAUUUAACAGCAUUUAAGAGAAUUUUUCAAUUAAAUAAGUUUUCGAUUCUGAUUAUUCAAACCCAGCUAGUCCUCAUAAAUACUCUAAAAGCUACACAAACAAAGGAGAUUUGACACCUCAACUUAAAUAGAUGCAAAUAACCUCCAGUUAAAAGUCUAAAUUCAGUAAUUAAAAGUUGAUAAAGCCUAAUUUAUCAUCUACAAAAUUAUAUCCUUUGCCAGCUUAAAAUAAUGGAAAUCUAACUUCUAUAAAUACCUCAACAAUGCACUUAAAAGUCAGUUUUCCUUCUUAGACAACUUAAAAAUAACAUCAAUAACCUUAAUAAAUGAAUAUUCUUUAAAAUGGGAUUUCUAACAAUAAUUAAAAUAAUUUCUUAUCUGUUAACAAUAAUUUAAACUCAAAUUUUUAAAUCAAGGUAUCACAAAAAAGUUUAACUGAUUAAGUUAAUGAAAACUUUGAAUAAGUUACAAUCACAGAGUAUUCUGAAAUGCUAAAAUUUUAUGAUAAUUUUAUCAAAGUUAGCGAUUCAAACAAAAUUUAUAAGUAUUUAACUCUCAUUUUAAGUGGAACAGACAAAUCAAAUAUUCACGGCAUUAUAGAUUGCCUCUAUAAAAUGGAUGGUUUAGUCCAUUUAAAUUUAUAAAUAAUAUAAUAAAAAUCAGAAGUAAUUGAUUGGGCUUUGGAUGUAAUUGAAACAAUAGGUUCUUCCCUUAUAAAUCUAUGUAUACUUUUUAAAGAUUGCGACUAUAAAGAUCAUUUGAAGUCAUUAUAAUCUGACUUUUUAAAACCAGAGUAACUAACAAAAGUUUCAGAGGAUCCUUUUCAGCUGAUUGUGAGAUUAGAAGGUAAACAAAGUGAUCCUCUGGGAAUACUUGAUUCUUUAAUUUCUAAAAGUUCUUCAUUUUAAGACAGAAUUGCCAUAUUUAACAUAGACAUAUAAAAAAAAAAUUUAGACAACCCAGCAAAGCUGGUAAAUUGUUUAAAGCAAAUUUAAAAAUUCAAAAAUAUACAUUCCUUUGGAUUAGAUAUCUCAAAUAAUAACAUUCCUCAAAUAGAUUCCAACAAUAUAUUCCUAGCUAUUGAAUAGCUCAAAAAUAUUCAUACCUUGUCCUUCAACAUAUCUCAAAAUCAACCAAGUUUAUUUGAUGAUACAUCUUUGCUUAAUUUACCUCAUUCGCUGCAAAUACUCUAUUUAAACCUUUCAUAUAAUAAGAUUUCUACUAUUUAAUUAGUAAAACUAUAAAAGUCUAUAGAAUCUUGUAAAAGCCUGAACACUAUUUAUUUGUUUCUAACAGGCUGUGUAAACAAAGAUGACACAAAUUUGCUUAUGCUGUUCUUUCCAUUUUUAUUUAAGCAAGUGAAAAAAGUAGGAAUAUUUUUAGACUCUAAUCAGUUAUUUGAUUAAGAAUUCAAGUUAUAUGAGAGUGAAUUACUCAACUAAUUCAAGGUAGAAGUACUCACUUUAUCUCUAAAUAAAAACAUCCUCUCAUUCGAGACAUUUAAAAUUUUAUGCAAAAUGAUCAAAAUGCAGUAAAAGCUUAAGCAAGUUACAAUCACAUUUCCAAGGACUAUUCGCAAACAAUAAAUAUUAGAUUAAUUUACUAAUUUAGAAAACGAGAAAUAUAUUUUAUAACUGAAAAAUGAGGAAUUCGACUACAUAACUAUUUAAAUAGAUAUCAUCAAAAGAGCUGUUGCAAGAAAGCAAAGCAACUUAUCUAUUCAAACUGGCAAAAAUGCUUCGCUUACAUUUAUCCCAUUAGAAACUAUUUCAAAUAAUUAAUGUUGGAAUACUUCUAAAUAGAGUGUAAUAUUUUAAGGGUUUUAUUGCUUAACUUGCUAUGAAAAAAACCAAGUCAAAAAUGAUAGCUACUAUUGUUUAUAUUGCAUUAAAAAUUGCCAUAAAGAUCAUAAAUAUAUAGAAAUGCAUGAUUUUCCCUCAGUUUAAAUUGUAUGCAGCUGCAAUGAUAAAGGUUAGUUUUGCGAAUCCUUAAAACACUUACAAAGUAUAAACAAUAAUUUUUAAAAUAGCAUUCAAAACUCUCCUUCAAAAUAUCCAUAAAAAUGA